AUUCACUAUGAAGGCUGUCAUCGUCUUGGCCUCUGUGGUUGUUUGCCUCCACCUGGGCACCUGCAUUGACCCUUCCCUGGACUUGGAGUGGGAGAACUGGAAGAUGAAGCACAAGAAAGUCACCAGGAGGAGAGCAGUGGAUCAACGGAGAAGAGAAAUAUGGGAGGAGAACUACCGAGCCAUAGAAGAUCACAACAAGAGAUACAGAGAAGGAAAGGAGACAUAUGAAAUGGGCAUGAACCAAUUUGGAGACCUGACCACUGAAGAGUUUGUGAAGCUGACAAAGAUGAGAACGUUGACAAGAAUGGCACUCCGUAGGAGCACCAAAGUGAUGUCGGCCACAGACUUGCGCCUGGCAGCCAGCAAGCUGAACUUCACAGGCAUUGAUUACAGGACCAUGGGCUACGUCACUCCAGUCCAGAAUCAGGGGACCUGUGGGAGCUGUUAUGCAUUCAGCGCUGCUGGAGCUUUGGAGGCUCAGUGGAAGAAGAAGACAGGCACGCUGAUUCCAUUGAGCAAACAGCAGCUGGUAGACUGCUCUACCUCAGUAGGAAAUGCAGGCUGCAGAGGAGGUCUUGCUCGUCUGUCCUAUGAUUACAUCAUAAAGAACAGAGGAAUCCAGGCUGAGGCCACCUACCCCUAUGCCAUGCAGAAAAAGAACUGCACUGCUGACAAGAGCAAGAUUGUGGCCACAGUCAGUGACUGGAAGUUCCUGCCCGUUGGUGAUGAACAGGCCCUACAAGAUGCUUUAGUCACCAUUGGCCCAGUGGCAGUUGCCAUAGAUGGUUCAACUAUCAAAUUCCAGUUCUACAGAAAAGGCAUCUUUUCUGACUCCAAGUGCACC